GCGACAUAUUCAGUGUGUGCUUUAAUCAUCGCCAAAUAAUUGAAUAAGAACGUGUUUUCAAUGAUGGAUUCGCUCUUGAACAAAAUAGGCAAUCUCUCUCAAGAAGAAAAAGACGAUUUUUACAAAACUUUAGCUUGGUGGGAAAUAGAUGAUGCGGAAAUAGACCUUAAUCAAGUGAAAGCGGCGUUUAAGGCUGCCCAACAUCUGCUUCGGGAAAAAGAACAGCAAGUCGAGACUCUUUUACAUGAAUUGGACGAACUGGCUGUAAAAAAAGCUGAAGAUGAGGGUGUCCUAACUACUGCCAAGUCCUUUAUGGGUGGAGGUAUUGAGUACGAAAAUUUAGAACAAGAACAUUCAGAGCUCCGAGCAAAGUUCAAGAAAGUUACACAGGAAAACGAAAAAUACGUGGCAGAAUUCAAUCUCCUGAACAAAAAAAUUAAAAGACUAGAAAAAGAAAACGAGCGACUGGAGAAAGAAGUACAGGCCCGAAUACAUGAUGAAAGCGAUUCGGAUAUAUCAGAAUCAUAUAAGCAACAGCAGCGCGAGCUGACUAGUCUAGUUCAGAGUAAAAACCAACAGCUUUCGGAAAUUUUGCGAGAUAUUGAAGACGUCGAAAAUGAAAACACCGUACUUAGGGAAAAAUUAUCAACCCUCAAAGAAGAACUGUUCAAUGCGACCAAUGAAAUAGUGUCAUUGACUGAGUCUUUGAAAGCUAAGGAUUUAAUAGCUGAAGAAAAUGCGGCUGCACUAGUCAAGGCGUCGGCACUGGUGGAGACCUUAGAGUGUGAAUUAGAUGACGUGAAAAAGGAAAAAUUGAAGCUGGAACGCGAAAUAGCCGAAUUUUCGACGGAGGUCGAAUCAAAAGUCGAUAAAUGGAAGGAAGUAAUCGCCAGCAAAAACGCCGAGAUCGAACAGCUUAAGAGAUUUCGGAACAAAAUAGUAGUCGACAGCGCUGAAAGUUCCGGUUCGGAAGGUGAAAUCCCCUACCUCAGGGACCUCCAAAAUGUCAUCUCGCAUCGAGACGCGCAACUGAUGGAGUUGAAAUGUCAGAUGGCGAGGUCCACGAAAGAUAUGACGGAAAACGCAGAGAUGUUAAAAGACCUAAGGCAGCAAAACGAGCUUAAAAGCGCCAAGUUGGAAGAACUGAACAAAACGGCGACUGAAUUAAAAAUGCAGUGCAAAAAAGCGCACGAAAGGUGCAGCAAUUUGCAGGAGAGGGUGAAAAACGCGGAGGAUAUGGCGAACUUUAAAAGUAACGAGUUAAAAAGAAUUUUAAAAGAGCUAAAAGACAACGGCCAAGAGGAUUUAGCUCAAAAAUUAACCGAAAUUCACGCGCUGAAGACCCAAAACAUUUUGCAAGAGCAACAGAUCGCCGGCCUGGUCGCUGCCGUCAAUGAUCUCCGACAAUCAAUAGACGAGUUGGAAAAAGAAAAUGCGAUAUUAAGAAACGAGCUCGGUAUCGACGACCUCGAUGACAUUUCACCGUCCCCUUGCAAGUACAAUACAAAACGAACCAAGCACAGAAACGAUAUCGAAAAACUCAAUCGCAAACUAAGCAGCAUGCAAGAGGAGAAAGUCCAACUUAAAAUGAUCGUGAAAGAUCUGAAGAGGAGAAACUCAGAACUGUCAGAUCAGUUAAUCGAGUUGGGUCACAAACCGAUCGGAAAAGAGAACGAUCAACCAAAAUCUACAGCACGUAACAGUAAAGAACUCGGAGAUCAGAUCAGAGCUUUGAGCGAGGAGAACGAGGCGCUUAGGAAAGGCCUUCAUGAAAUUUUGAACAGCGUUAACGUCAAAAAAGAAUCUUCCGCUAAGGAAAUCAAGUCGGAGGUUUUGGAACGUCUCUUAAAAGCACUGGAUGUUAAGCACAUCUCAGGUUGGUACCACCCUGCUAUGCGGCUUCAAGCGGAGCUACGUUCGGUGGAAGGCGCAAAUAGGGAGCUUCGAGAUCAGCUUCAACAAGUUAGGAUGGAGCUCGCGGCUAACAAAGUUAACGAAGAAAUAUCAGUUGGUCGGAACUUGGAAGUUGAUGUGCAGAACAUCGAUGAUGUGGAAAAAGUCGAUUCGCCCAGGAAAACUUCCAUUUUUGCUUCAGUCAUCGGCCAAAGUCAUCCCGAUAUCGAUAGUUUGAAGCUACACGUUCUGCAAAUACUCGUGCUAUUGAAUGAAGAUAACGUCGAAUCGAAACUGGGCGAAGAAUUUGCGACAUUGAAGAAAUCACUAGACUCUUUGCAUAACGAAUGUAAUUCCCAAAGGAGAACACUGGAAGGAGAGCUCGAAGAGGCCCACCGAAAAAUACAGACUCUUGUCGAAGAGACCGCACAAGGAAGCUGCAAUUCAACAGACGAUGCAGACUUGAAAGAGAAAGUGGUGGUGUUGCAGAGGAAAGCCACUUAUCUUCAAAAACAUGCAGAUCAAGUCGUAUCAGAGAGGGAGCAUUUUAUAAAAGAAUGCUCUCGUACGCGCCUUGCCCUCUCGAAGAAAAUUACUGAGCUGGCUAGUAAAAUUCUACGAUUGCAAACGCGCAUCAAGAUACUGCGCGAGGAAAAUACGAAUCUGGUACCUUUCGAGGAUCACAAAAAACUCGAAAGUAUUUUAGAAGAGACUUUGGGGAAGCACAGGAAACUGAUCGCGGAAAUUAAGGAGCAAAGCAAGCAAGAGUCGCUCGAAAUGCAGCUGCUGAGAGCGUCUCAGAGUAAUUUGGAGGGCGAAAAGGCGGAGCUUAAGGCGCGAUUAAAGGAAGCCCUGGCGCAAGCCUACGCUGGAGCCGGCGAAGAUACGAAAAACUUGGCGGAAAAACUGGCCGAAAGUCAAGUGAAAGAGAUUUCCGAAAGCCAGAGGGCCGAACACACCAACAACUUGUACGAGUUAGUCAAGGAGCAGCUAAACAAAUCGGAGGACAAGUUCAAGGAGUUCUCUAGAUACGGUGAAAAUCUUUUGCUGAAAAAUCUAACUCUACAGGAACAACUGAAAGACGCUGAAAACAAACUGUUGUCGUGUGUGGAUCGUCAAGCGUAUAAAAAGCUUCAAGAUAUGUCGAACGAGUUGCUUAAAGAGAAGGAUGAGCUCAGCGUCGAAGUUAUGCGCCUGAACGAGGAAUUGCACACUAAACGACAAGAAUAUGCUCUGGAAAUGACGUGGAACGACUCGAAGGAACAGGAACUCCUCAAUUUGAGGCACCAGAUCGUGGAUUUGGUUGCUGUAUCGGAGGAGAGGAUUCUGGUGGGUCAGCUUCACGCCGAUCUUGCUAAGGAACGAAGAGAAAGGGAAGAGAAGGAGAUGAAGAUAGAGGCCGCUUUUGUGGAGACUAACGAGUGGAAAGACAAGUACGAGCGUUUGGUACAGCGUACAGAAACCGAAACAUCUGAGUUUUUGGUGCAAAAACUCAAUGCAGACAAAAAAAACAGGAUACUACAAGAUCUGCUGCUCAAAAAGAAAGCUCAAUAUUUCGGUAGCACUCCUCUGUGCGUAGACGAAGCGUUUCUAGAAACGCUACGAACCGUCAACGCCCAGAAACACGAAACAUUCUUGCGCUUACUGAAAGUCAAAGAACUAGAGUCGGAAAAUGCCAUCCUGAAGCACAAAUUCGAAACUCGACUUGAAGGAAAAACGACGGAGAAAAUUACUGACGAGAAUAUGGAGUUCCAGCUGAGCCGCCAAUGCGAAUUCAAGGACGAACAGAUCGGUUACCUGACGGAAAGGAUCGGCAUCCAAGAUCGCCAAAUCGCCAAACUGGAAGAGGAACUGCUGGUGUCGUACAAAAACUCUGACAUUGCCUUCACCAGCGCUAAACGCCCCAGGUCGGUCAAGCUCACAAGGAGCAUCGUUUGUCAAGAAUCGGUCAACCCAACGCCUUGCGCGGUGAAGAUAAUGAGGAACGUGGAAAGCCAAGCGAGCUUCGACGUGGCGCCACGUAGCGAAGCCGAUCAGAUGCUCCUGGUGAACGAUCUCAGAGCACAAAUCGCGAAUCUACAGUCGGGAUGCGCGCAAAAGGAAAUGAUUAUAUCUCAGUUGAAUAGGAGCAUCGCGGAUCGGGACUUGUCCAGAGCCUCUCUGGAGCGGCAAAUCGAAGAGAAACAGAUGCAGGUGUCCUCGAUGGAGAAGCGUCUCCAAGAGUUCAGAGAGGGGGAAGUUAAGAGUCAAAGCGGCGCCGGGGAUGGCGCUUCCAUCGGAUCGACGAAUUACAAGGAAGAGACGGUAAUGUUGAAGUCGAGCUUAAGGUCAUUGCAAGAUAAUGUGGCCCAGAAAGAUAUUGAAAUAAUGAUGUACCAAACGCUUCUAAAAGAGGAUAGGGACAAGCAUAGUCUGGCCGCUGCCAAUUUGCAACACGAGCUGCAGGUGUUGCAAAAAGCUCUUCUACAAGAAAAACAAAAAUGCAAAGGUCUAGAGGAAUCGUCCGCGCUUUCCAAGCAGAAAGCGACGAUGAUCGAGAAGUAUGUGGCGCAGGUACACGCGUUGGAACAGCACCUUGCGGAAUUACACACUGAGACGGCCGGCCUUGAAGCCAGGUUCCAGUCAAGCCAGCAGGAAGUGGCCCGCUGGAGGGUACUCGCAGCAGAACGAUUGACCGCUAUGGAAGAGCUUCGCAAAAACCUUGACGAUCAGCACAAGAAAGAGUUGCAAGCGUACAUGGAAGAUGGGGAGAAAUUGAGGGAAAUCGUGGACGAAAGUUCUGGCAGGCGGAGAGUAAGACUGCAGAAGGAGCAGGGGUCUUCGUCGGUGCUUAUCGACCCUGAUAUUUUAAAACUCGUCAGGGAAAAAGAGGAGAAGAUUGCUCAAUUAACUGAGCAGGUUCGACAGCUGAAGAGUGACAAGGUUAAGUACUCUGAUGGUUCGCUCUCGGAGCCGCCGAAUUUAAUUACCGAUCCGGAUAAAAAGGACACGCAGCUCUUGAUAAAAGAAAACGAAAUACUGAAAAGGAGAGCGGAACAGCAAUUAAGCAAAGAACAAGUUUUAAAGAACGAAAUAAGGGAGUUAAAAAAUCAGUUGCUGAAAAGACCAAAUUUUUUAUCAAAAGGACGUCUGGAACGGUCGGUCAAGGAACAAUUGCAGAAGAGAAUAUCUGGGCUGGAGGACGAAGUGGAAGGACUCAACCGGAAGCUGGAAGAGCAGGUUGCGAUUAACGAGAAGCAUAAGCUCAUGGCGGGCGACGAUUUCGAGAAAUGGAAGAAGCAGAAAUACUGGCAAGAGAACUGCGAGAAGCUUAAAAUGAAGCUAAAAGAGCGCGAGGAAGAAAUCGAAAAACUGAGACAGACUUGUAACGGAUUUAGAUUGCUAAUCGAACGUCUGGAAAGGGAAAAGAUGAAUCUGGAAAAUAGAGUGAAAGCGCUAAAAAGCGCCAAUGCACACGCGGCGGACUGUCAAGAGUUUGAAACGUUGAGACUGGAAAACGCCAGACUCUCCAACGAAGUGGAAAUUCUGGUCACCAAGCUGGAGAUGCAGCAGCAUCAUUCCGGAGGAUUGGGCGCCGCCAUGUUGCAGGAAAAGCUCGAGAGUCAAGAGCGGAAGAUUGCCGUGUUAGAGCUCAGUGCUAAGGGGUCCGUGCAAGUCAGAGACGAACUCGAACGUUUACAGAAGGCGCUGUCGAAUAUGCAGAAAAGUAAUUUGUGUUUGGAAGCCGAAAACUUGGAACUGAAAAUGGAUUUGGAAAAAUACAGUAAGGAAACCCCCCAUUUGCAGGAACAAAUACAGUAUCUCGAGAGCUACAUCGAACUGUUGAAGUCGGAAAAAUCGAAAACAGAAUUGGAAGCGAAACGUGACGAUCGGCAGAAUGAUUCCACGCCCAAAGAAAACAAAACCGUGUCGCAACUGGAAAGGACCGUUUUCAUACUGAAGAGGGUCGUGGAGAAAUUGCAAGCUGAAAAUAAGCGAUUGCUUAGCGGGAAAAGACCCCUUAACGACUGUUAUCCCGAUAAGCUAAAGCGAGACCAUCAAAGGCUGCGAGAGCAGUACAAUCGGAGCCUUGAAACGAUUAAAUCGUUAGAAUCUCAACUGGCAUCUUGCAAUGCGAAAUUACAGGUUGAUGACAAGCCUAUAACGUCGAACAACGAAAUCGAACGAUUAAGGGCUGAUCUGGACAGCAAAAACGAACUGCUGGAAAGAGUUAAGGGCCUGUUACAACGAGCGGCGGCCAAGGAGAAGCUGCUUGUGCAAGAGAUAACCACUUUGAAAAACGAAAGGGAGCAUAGAAUCGGAGGCGGUUAUCCCAGUCCCGUACAAGAGGAGUCUGAAUUAAGUAGCGACACAUAAAUAAAUGGCGUUUGCUUGAUGAAAUUGCAAUGCCUUAAUAAGUGAAUUUGCAUGCACAAUAAUUAUGUAAGAAUAUUAUUUUAUAAAUAUAUACAUCAUGAAUAUACCAAUAUAGUCAUUUUAAAUAUUGCAAUCAAAGGCGGUAGGUAUAUCUCUCACCACUCUAAAUUGAUAUAGCGGGCCUUACGAGAAUAUAUUUAAUUUUUUGUUUAAAAAAAAAAAAGUUUAACGCGGCAGAAAGUUUUUUGAAACACCCUGUUAAUUGAUAACUUCAAUCGUUUUG